AUGAGUUUGUUGGAUACAAACUGCACCAGGAACACUUUGGAGUCCCUUUCUGAACCAGAGGAAAGUUACUCCCACGUGAAAGACAUAUUCAGUUGGAUAAGAACAUUAUCUAACAAAGACAGCUGGAGAACCACCGACCCCCUUGGAUUUCCAAACCUCGGGAACACUUGCUAUAUGAACUCCAGUCUUCAGAGCCUCCUGACAUUAAAAGAUUUUGUGAAGAGCGUCAGUCGUACAGAGCAGAUCUGGAGAUCAGUUCCUGAGGCUCAACUGCUGAAAAAACUGAUUGAAAUCAGGGACUGUCACAAAUCAACUAACUCUAACAUCAAGAGUCAACUCCUGCAGUCCUUUAAAGAUGUUAUCAGUGACCAGAACCCGCAGUUUAUGGACAGUUUGCAGAAUGACGCCCAUGAGUUCCUGAUCUCGAUCCUGACACACAUCGAGAGUCUGUCUCCUCUGCUUCAACGGACCGCACUUUGGAUUUAA